GUUUUAAAACAAAGACGCCAAAAAAUCGGGCUAGUUUUCGUCUAUACAUUAUGUCUGUAAACGAGAAACACUUAAUAAAUAUUAUUAUGACUUAAUUCACAUGGUUGGUGUCACACUAAAGGCGGGGACGGGCGCUCCUGAAUUAUACUCACUCUCCUCGGCAUGUGGGGGGCUGUGUGACAGGGGUGUACCUCAACUACGUUACGCUCGGGUCUCGUGUACAGUAUCGUGUAUUUUCUCGACGAGGUUUACGUGAGCGACGAGCGAUAGACUGGCUGACGGAGACACGCAAAAACAAGGUGAGAGUGGUGUGACAGGGCCAAAGGGUGGAGUCAGGAUGAGCUUGAAGAUGAAAGAUGAUGGUGACAUGAGAACUAUGGGCAAGUCCAAAAUCAAGAGAUUGGAGAAGUUAAAACCAGACUCAGAAAGGGAUUCUGGUUUCUCAGAUGCUAGUUCUGAGCAUCUGAGUACAGUUGACCAGACGGACACAGAAGAUGCUGCUCGAACAUUAAUACCAGGAGUGGGAGGUUCCAGGUCCCAGGCUUCUCAGCUGGCUGUUAUGGGGAGAUCUUUCCAAAGUCUAUCACCAAUGAUCAUCAUGAACAAUGUUGUUCUCAAACAGUCUGGUGAUAACACUUCCUCUUUGAAGCCUUGGGGUUUCAGUCCAGCAGUUGAGGUUGUUCAGCAACCCCAAGUAGUCUUCCUCCAACCAGUGGUCUCCCAGAGAGCUUCUGCGGUGCCAAAAGGACCUCCUACCAAACGUCGUAAGCACAAGAAGUACCUCCCCAUUUUGAAAUCCUAUCCCAAAAUUGCUCCUCACCCUGGGGACAGUCCACGAAGUAACUGUACCAGCAGUAGCAGCAGCUCCAGCACUACUGCUUCUGUGAAGAGUUGCAGCUCAUCUUCCAACAGCCAGGAUCAGCCUCAUGGGGACAAGCAGCAAGGUUUACAAAGUAGUGCCUCUUCUGGUUCAUUAACACCAAACCAACUUCCACCAUCCAGGCAUCUUUCAGCUUCGCCUCAGCCUCAUGCGACACUUACUGAUUCCAGCACUGGUACUUGCUCUGGUGUUGAAAGGCCAGCUAGCGGAAGGCUGGAGCUUACCUCGGCACUCACAGACAUGCAUGCCGAGGCAUUAGAGAACCAGCCAGAAGGAGCCUCCAAGGAUGGCACCUGCCAAAGCAGUGAUUCUGACAACAGCAACAAGAGGAAGCGUUUCUGCAACACCUACAACAUUCUCAACAAAUCAGGACUGCUGGACAUUACGCUGCGCACAAAAGAGUUGAUUCGACAGAAUCGAAGGACCCAAGCUGAGCUGGAUCAGCUUCGCGAACACACAAACCUUUUCAUGGAAGCACUACAGACAGGAGACUUUCGUAUCUGGAGCAAACUACAGCUAAGUAUGCAAGAGGAGAGUGAAAAAGAUCAGACUGUAAACAAUGAAGCAGAGACACAGAGUGAUCAGUUGAAAGACACUUAAAACACAGGCUCAGAUUCUUAAAGCUGAUAUUUACAUUGCCUUUACUUGCUUUUGAUCUUUUUUUAUCAGAGUUACAGUAAAUUUAAUAUAUUCAAUGUUUGAUACCUGCCAACACCUGUAAUAUUGAAGAAAUGCAAGAGGAUUUAAAAACUUUUAAUGUGAGCAAUAUUUCUCUUGCUAAUAAGACAAAAGUAAUGAAGAGAAAUGAGAGAACAAUUUUGGUUCUCUCAGUCUGAUACAAUCAGACAGAAUCACAGUGGGAAUUAGCAGCAGCCUUAAUGGAUGCACAGUAGAUGGAAUUAACAGUAAUAUUAUUAGAUAUAUCUGCGUCUGGGAAGAUGAGUUUUCUGAAAGUAAUUUCUACACAUCGUAACUGUAGUGAGUUCAUAAAGCAUUCAUAAGGGCUUAUUUUCUUCAAUAACAUAGCUGUACUCCCAAGCUAACAUAAUAUUAGCAGCGAGAUGAAUGUAGCAUACCCGUGGCAGAAUAGCAGUUUUAAAACAUCUAAUCUUGCUAACAGUUAAAUUGGAUAGAUUAAUAAGAUAACACAUAAACAAACAGUAGAGGUUCCCUCAGGGGAGUUGUGUAAAAGUGAAAGUGGAUCUCAUCUUAGCACAAAGCCACCGUUUCUUACAAAAAUGAGCAAUUGUGGCAUAGCAAUUCAUUUUUUUAUAAAACCAGCUCAAUGCUGAAAAAAAGAACCAGUGGAACUAGCAUAUGGUGUUAUUACCCACGCUGAGUCUGCUCAUUCUCAAGAGACGUUUAGAGACAUCAGACUUGGCACAAAUCCAAAUCAUAAAUCCAAACCAUCUACGAUUAUCCUCUGCUGCAGCUUUAAUAUUAUAAUUUUAAUUGGUGCAUUAUUAUUUAAUUUAAUUAUUAUAUCAUUAUUAUGUCCGGCCCAAUUUGUACAUUUGGGAUAUUCUGUGGUUUAAGUCAGCUGAGCCAAAGAGGUCACAAACAUCAGGUCCAAUUUGACCAAAUAAAUUUUCAUUAUAGCUUUUUAGACCAGGUUUUGAAUUCUCUGAAUUGUCACUGGAACUGAAAAGCUAACAAGAAUGAAAGCUUGUAGCUGCAGUUAGUUGCCAAACUGAACUACUAUAUUUCUUCUUUCUAAAAUUCUUGCCUUAAACUAGAACAGGGGUGCAAGUCUUAUUCUCCAGCUUGUUUGCAAUGAAAACACGAAUCCAUUUUGGCCCAUUGCAGAUAAGAUUAGAGACCACUGGACCAGUAGUUCGUAAUCCUGGUCUUGGAAGUUACCUGCUCAGAGCACACCAGAUCCUUACUAAUCAUUUCAUUAACAACCCCUUACUGAGUUGAAGUGGGUGUUUUUUAAGCAGGGAAAACAUUAAAAUAUAUAGAGUAAUGGGCCUCCAGGACCAGGGUGGAGGAACACUGCCUUCAUAUUGUUGAAUUGCGUAUAGAGUUGCUGUUGGAGUCUUCGUUGUUUUUGCAACUCAUCGUUUUUGGUGUAAAAGUAGAGGAGGCGGUGGAAAGGGCAAGAUGGAGGCAGAUGAUCCGCUGUGGCGACCCUUAAAGGGAGCAGCCGAAAGAAGAUCGUUUUAAUGCCAUUCAUUUUUCACAUAGCUUCAUUUACCCAUUACAUAGAUGGGUACAUCUGACAUCCUGAUGUGGCUUUAGCACAAGCUUAGAAGUCAUUGGAUACUUUGUUCUUCAGGUAGUACCACAAAACUAGUGUAGCUUGUGUGUUCCCAGUCACCACAGGGUUUGGAAAGGUGAGAACAGUACAUGUCUGUUUUGCUGUCCAUAAAUGUGUCUUGGGUGACUGAGUAAAAGUAUAGUAAAAAAAAAAAUGUGUGACUCAUAAGCUUCUGCCCAAUUUUUGAUUAAAGCAUGGAAUAUAUUUAAUGAUUUUUAGAUAGUAACUCGGUUGCUAUUUUUAUUUAAAUAAAUCAUUCACUGCUGUCACUGCAGCUUAUCUUUCUGAAUCUGUUUUUCAGAAGCCGUAGCAUCAUACACAUUUCUUCUGUUGUUUUCUUGUUUGCACAAACUAAAUGGGAUAUAUUGAACUUAAAGGCUCAAACUCUCAUUUGUAAGACAUUUAGCUUGUACUCUCUCCAACUUUGCCUUUCUUGCCUUCACUCUAUAGUACUUGAGAGGAAUCCGACUUUAAACUCUUUGUGAACUUUUUAUUAAAAAAAUGCAAUACCCUUCUCCAAAGCUAUCAUAUUGUCUGGUUUACCUGCAGCCUAUUUACAGAGCAUUUGAAAAUCUGGUGAAAAACUUACCAAAUAACAAGUAUAUAUGACAACACUUACACAUAAAUGUAAGAUUUGUUCUGUCAAAAGCAAUUUGCAGGAAUUUUAUGAUUAAAUGUUCUUAUCAUCAUGGAUAUUAUUUGGUUGUCCUUAGCAUAAAUAGCCAGUGAAAAAACUCUGAUAGCAUCCAUGCAAAAAGCGUGAGCAUAUGAUGACCGGCACAUUUGAUGCCUUUCUUGAUAAUCAAAAAUAUCUAAAGUAGUCUUUGUGAAUCACAGUGCAGGGAGCAGGUGUUGGCAUGUAUUCAUUAAUGCAGGUCAGCUUUUUCCCCCUUGCAUUUAGAAGGGAAGAAUUUCAGAGCCAUUUUCAUGUCAUUCUUGGCAGAAGUCACUGCCUUCAAGGAUCGCUGUGUAGAUGGGUUUAUCAUGUUAGAUGUAAGAUUAGGUUGUGUGCAUUCAGAGACGCAUUAAUCUUCUUCAGAUUCAUAGAGGUUGGAAUGCACUGGAUCGGGUCAUAAUUCGCAGUGAUUUUGUUUGUUUUUAUAAACCGUAUCCAGUGGUUUGGAUAUCUGUCAUGACACAAGGGAUCAUUAGGACCUACUGAGGCCUAACUACAGUCAUCUUGGCCUUAAAGGUUCAUUUGAUUUUGUAAAUGCUAUUCUUUGUUGUGAGCAAGAAUAAUUGUCAGAAGUGGUAAUUAAGCUUUUUUGUGGCAGCUACAUGUUAACCACUAGUUUGUGUGACUUUUUGAGUUUUUUUUUUUUAUAGAAAUAUAUUUCAGGCAUCAUUUUCCAAGAGUUAUAGACUGUAAAUUCUUCCACUUUAAAGGUAGCAGCAUUCUUUUGCCAUCAGCAAUGGUAUUUAACAUUGCUUUCAAUAUCAUAACCAAGUGUCUCUCAUUGUAAGGCUAAGGAAAGGUGAAAGCAUUAUAAUCAUUCAAAACUCUAUUGUACAGAACAGUAAGAGGACCAUUUUGUAUGUCAAAAGGUGGCAUGAGCAGCCGCUGUGAAUGUGCCCAUGUUUUGUGUUUUCUGGUACUUUGUCAACGUUUCCUUUAGGCAGGUGAACCCUGCUUCUUGCAUCUUCUCUGAUGCUUGGAUUUAGCUACUCUUUAGCCAGUUUACUCUGGAGAGGUUAAAAUAGCAUUUACUGUCUGUUCUCCAAAGCCCACUAGCUUCAAAAAUUCCUUGGCACAUUAGUGUCUCAUAACAUUAAACAACAAGAUUUUUUGUGAAUGUGUGGUUCUGCUACCACCUGUUACUUCGUGCUUAAGAGCCAUCAUAACCUUACAGCAAAGCAUGGCUUACUCAGUUAAGACUGAGCAGAGCAGUUCAGAACUGAUGAGCCUUUAUUGGCACAGUUAGUGCCAUAGUGGUAUCGUUGCUUGAUGGAGCACCAUUCUUUUUCUUUUUAAAGCCAAAAGGCCUUCUCUUUGGGAUUUAAUACAUCUUUACAAAUGUUCUGGCUUGUAACUUGGCAAUAUGCAAUUUUUUAUUGUUGUUGCUGUUCUUUUAUAGUUGUCUUUAAAACGUUUGUGUGCAAAGGUUAGGUUCAUUACAUUGCAUAAUACGUGGGCAGCUGCAUUCUUCUAUUUACCUAUUUUUGUUUCUUGUUUCUGUUUUUAAACUGAUUUAUAUUUUAUGAGGUGUAUUUUCCUGUCUAAAAGCUUUUGCAUUUAUAAAAACUGUAGUGUAAAGACAUCCCAUGUUUCAUGUAAGAUGAAUACAAAUGCUCUCCUCUAGUCUUCCAUCUUAGUAUGUGUGGGAAUGAAAAAUACAACCCAAAUGAUGUUCAGGAUUUCAGCACAGUAUGUUAACAGUAGGAUUCAAAUAAUUCCAAAUUAAAGUCUCCCUUUCUAUCGUUUUUUGUUUUCUAGUUUGUGAGAUUAGACCUUACUGAAAAUUCAAUGCUGAAACAAGAGUCUUAAGAUGUAUCUGUUUACCGUUUUAUUUUUUUUCAAGGUGCCCAAAAGCAUUUUCAUUAAAUUCAAUAUGUGGGAAAA